AUGGCGUGUAGAAUCUUGAAGCUUGCGCUUUGUUCGUGCUUUCUGUUCAUGUUUUAUGGAGCCUUGAACGCAGAUGAAGGUCGGUACUUUCAGACAACUCCAAAUAAAAGGCUUAUGACGUCAUGGCAGCCCGCCGUCGCUGUAGUKCGGAAAGAUGUAACAAGUCAUUUCGAGUGUGGCUUGUGGUGCCUAAAGUUAGGGAAAACGUUUUGUCGGUCAUUUAACUUGGAAAAACAAACUACAGCUAGUCAUGGUCGAGAAUGUGAGCUUCUCUUAGUUGGUGGAAAUGAAAGAAGUGAUUUUUUGAAGGAAAGUAAUGGCUUUGAUCAUUUUCAUCUCAUGGACGCAUGUUCACCAAACCCAUGUAAAAAUGGCGGAAAAUGCAUUCCAAGUGAUGAAGGAUCAUACUACACCUGUACUUGUGUUAGUCACACUGGAAGGAAUUGUGAGUGCAUUUUGUUCGAUUUUGAAACUGGACGACUUGARGGAUGGACCCUGACAGGYACAGCAUUCAAKAACCAGCCAACKUAUGGYGAUAAUUCACUUGCUCGAAAGGGGAAAGAGUAUCCCGCCAAUCUCAAAGGAGACUGUGAAGAGCAAAUAUUCUCUCUAUCCAAACGCAGCAGCCGCAUUGAUUUCAGACUCGUCCCACUUCUGACGCCAAAAAAGACUAACGUUGAUAACAUGAACGAGGAUCCGCAAGAAGAGCCUUCUGAGCCACCGCUCAACAAAACAUCUACCAUAUGGAAAGAAUUCUACGAGAAUUCCACACUUCAUGGUCUGCGAAAUAUGUUUGAAAGUGAAUAUUUUGUUUUUAGACUUGUGUGGCUGGUUCUAAUGCUGUUGGCGCUCGGGUGGCUUAUUUUCUCUGGUAUUGGUAGCGUCAGUCGAUACUUKGARUACCCAACARCCAUUAAUWUAAACGAAACAAGGCACGAAGAAUUGCGGUUACCAGCAGUUACAAUCUGCUCCCAAAACUUUGCCGAUAAGUACAAAAUAUACGCAAACGAUAACGAYGAGAUUUUUGACAUAUACAAGCUAAACAUAAGCGCAUGUGCAGCUACCGCUGAAGUACGUGCAGGACUGGGAGCACCUUGCGGCCACGCUUUGGCAUGCACUUUUGCCUCGCUGGAUAWUGUGCAAGGCCAAAUCAGUGAAUGCACACCAAGUUAUCAAAACAUCAUCAAAAAAGCCUUGAAGAAUGCAAAUGUCACUUUUAACAUGCUGGAGUUUAUUUAUACGUUUAGCGAAUCUUGGGAAGARGUUCUSCAAUACUGCWUUUACGGUCUGCGUCMCAAGUCUUGCACCAGUGUGAAGAUCUUUAAGAAGGCCGUCAAGARYRASCGAUUAUGCCACACACUCAACGAUGAUAGCAACMWGARCCUGUCCUUCUAUAGUGAAGCCUCAGGRAGCAUCGGAGGAAUAACCCUUCUGCUUAAAAAUCGUCCCGAUCGCUAUUUUUAUCCUAGAUUKGYUGAGGGUUUCGUSGUUUAUAUUCACCAAGAAGGAGCGGGAUUCGRUGAUCAUGAAAUCAAUGUUCCACCAGGAAGGGUAACAUCAAUUGCAGUGGAACAAGAAAAGAUCAAAUUAUUAGAAGAAAAAGAUGGUGGUAAAUGUCGAAAAAAAACUCUUCAGAGUUAUAAAACAUACACCCGAACAGACUGCCUCAACGAAUGUGUUAGCAACUCUAUUAAACAAAAAUGUGGAUGCACCAUAUUAAGUCUUACAGCAGUUCAAGAUGAUUCCAUAAUUUGCAGCGUCAAGCAUCAGGACUGUGUCUACAACAAUUCAGAAGCCACGUCUUACAAAGGAUGUGACUGUCCUUUGGCAUGUGAAGGAAUUAAUUAUAAAACGUCUGUCAGCUAUGGUGCCAUGCCUAGAAAGACAAUCGCAGGAGUACCUCAAAUGCUCCCAUUUGCUGAUUAUUCAGAAAAUGAUUUUCUGGCCAUCUCCGUAUUUUAUAGCAGNUCUCGAAACACCACGUGGUAA